AUGCGAUGCGCGAGCAAGGCCGCCGAGAGCGCGUCUGCACGUCUCUGUGCGGACGCCGAAGCAGAAACUACAGCAACUGAUGUCCCAUCGGUUGCUGAAUCGACUCAGCCUGUAUCACCUGGUGAUGCAGGCGCUGGUCAUGAAGACACUCGUGUCUUCACAGAGUACGAGAUCGGUGUCUCGUACUCUCCUGAUACGGAUGACGGAUCCGUAUCGACGGCAAUUGAAUCCAAGCCGCCUGCCAAGCGUGGCAUGGACGAUGCUUUGCGUCGCAGCAUCUUUGGUUCAUCUGAUGAGUCAGAUGAACCAUCGCCGAAGCGAAGGCGCUCGAGGUCGCGAGACUCGGGCGCUAAUAGUGGUGUCGUUUCUCCAAUGGACACCACUUCACAGCGAGGUGCCAGUACUUCUGUCGGCACGUCGCAGGAAGAGCGGGACCGCAAUGUGUUGCGUCUCGCUCCCGAGAAGAAGGCAUGA